CAUCGCAGAUCGUUUAACUCUACGGCGAAAACUGAACUGCAAACCUUUCCGCUGGUACAUGGAGAACGUCUACCCUGAACUGAGGGUCCCUGAGCAGGAGGCUGUUUUCAGUGUGCUGAAACAGGGAGGUCUGUGUCUGGAGACCCGAGGGACUGACGGCCUUGGACUGGCAGACUGCAAGGCCACCAGGCCACAGCAACAGAAAUGGGAGCUGAUCGAGCCGCUGAUCCAACAGCAGGACCUCUGUGUGGCAAUUUCUGCCUUCACUGCAGGUUCAAGGGUGAAGAUGGAGCCCUGCAACAGCAAAGAGCCGAAACAGAAGUGGAAACCAAAAGGCAUGGCUCUGCAGCACAUGGUCAGUGGUCUGUGUUUGGACAGCCAGAGCCUGACAGGCUCGUUGAUUAUCACACAGUGUCACCCCCAGAUGGCCAGCCAGUCCUGGGAGCCACAGCUCAUCACCUGAAGUACAGUGAACAAAGGACUGGGGACAGAUGCUGUAACCUGCCUGCAGACACAAGGACUCUGAAAGUGUGUUGGCUUUUGUUUUGAGGGAUAAAAGGAAUGAAAACUGUACUUUUCUGAUGUCACUUUCAUCAAAUUCGAUGACAAGAGCGUGACUGAAGGCCUUCUUCAGAAAACUAUUGGAGGUCUUUUGUGUACAUUGCCUCAUCCUUUAAGGAUGCUGCAGUUUGACGUAUUCUGAGCUUUUCACUGAACCUGUUGCACAUCUCACUUUUUAAUUUCUCUUCCUACUCUGCUCCACAAUUUGCUUACAUUUGAAAACUUGUGACGAUCUGCUUUAAAAGGCGAGUGCAGACUGUACUGUAGCAAAUGUUAAACACACCUGACCAACUCUCAGGUGUCCCAGUCUGUGAGGUCUGGCUGAAAGGACCAGCACAGAUUCAUAUAUAU